ACUGUUAUUUAUUUAUUUAUUUUUUUUGUCCUCCCACAAAGCCGCAAAGCAACAACAGGAGACUCGCCCUGCCUCGGUGUAUAACGCGUUAUAACGCUGUAGGACCCUGACAGCCACCUGACACGCGCUUCCUCAUGGAGCUGAAGGACACCUGAGCGCUUUUACACCGCCGGGGUCGGACACGGAGCGCGCGAGGCCGAGAGGAGCUCUGAGGGGUGACAGGGGGGCACAAACUACUGCGCACCCGCCUGGUUCAGGGGAAUAAAGGGCUGAGAGACGCCCUGAGCCUGCAGCAUGGCGCAUCUGCGGGCUAUUAACCAGAAUGCUCGUCUGGACCCAGAGGAGUACUUUACUAAGCAGGAGCGGAUCGGGAAGGGUUCCUUCGGCGAGGUCUAUAAGGGCAUCAACAACCGCACUAAAGAGGUCGUGGCCAUCAAGAUCAUUGACCUGGAGGAGGCCGAGGACGAGAUCGAGGACAUCCAGCAGGAGAUCACCGUCCUCAGCCAAUGUGACAGCCCCUUCGUCACCAAAUACUACGGCUCCUAUCUCAAGGGAACUAAGCUGUGGAUCAUUAUGGAAUAUUUGGGAGGAGGAUCUGCUUUAGAUCUUCUCCGCCCUGGGCCGCUGGAGGAGACCUACAUUGCCACAAUACUAAGGGAAAUUCUGAAGGGUUUGGAGUAUUUACACUCGGAAAGGAAAAUUCAUCGUGACAUUAAAGCUGCCAACGUGUUGCUGUCUGAGCAGGGGGACGUGAAGCUGGCGGACUUCGGCGUGGCCGGUCAGCUCACAGACACACAGAUUAAGAGGAACACGUUUGUGGGAACUCCAUUCUGGAUGGCACCAGAGGUCAUCAAACAGUCCUCUUACGACUUCAAGGCUGAUAUCUGGUCGCUGGGCAUCACCGCCAUCGAGUUGGCUAAGGGAGAGCCGCCGAACUCGGACCUGCACCCCAUGCGUGUGCUCUUCCACAUCCCUAAAAACACGCCCCCUACGCUGGAGGGCUCCUACAGCAAACCCUUCAAAGAGUUCGUGGAGGCGUGCCUCAACAAAGAUCCCCGAUUCAGACCCACGGCUAAAGAGCUGCUAAAGCACAAGUUCAUCACACGCUACACCAAGAAGACCUCGUACCUGACCGAGCUGAUCGACCGCUACCGACGCUGGAAGUCCGAGGGCCACGGGGAAGAGUCCAGCUCCGACGACUCUGACAUGGACGGAGACGGUGACGAGAGGGACCAGUGUCCUAUGUGGACUUUCCCCACAGUGCGUCCCAGCUCCAUGAAUAAACUCCAGAAAGGCUACGCUAACUCAGACUCGGAGGCAGCUGAGACGGUGAAGAGGCAGCCAAGGUCUCAGUGUCUAUCUGCACUCGUCUCACCCGUGUUCAGAGAGCUAAAGGAAAAGCGGCGGGCGAGCGGUGGAGGAAUUGGGGCCAUAGAGGAGCUGGAGAACGCCUUUAAUCUGGCAGAGGAGUCGUGUCCCGGCAUCUCAGACCUGCUAGUCACACACGUGAUGGAGAGAGUGUGUCGGUUUGCACUGAACAGCAACGGGAACACGACCCCGUCGUCACGGUGAAGCCCCUCCUGACCCCCCGGCUUUGACCUCUGACCCCUGACUACCUGUGUAUUGACACCACACCCCGCCCCCUUCUAGUGUACCGCGUGUCAUGUUGUCAUACCCCGCCCCCCUCCUGGUUCUUUCCAGCGUGCAGAUGUUUUACUGAGUUGUAAUGAAAUAUUUUUACAGGUUCUUUAUAGAGCGGAGAUAUUUAAGAGACAAAGCCAUGUCACUGAGCUGUGUUUACUUGUUACACUCGUUACACCCCAAUCCUGAUAAAACCUCACACACACCUA